GAACGCGAAGAUUGAGCCUUUUCCGCUACACGAUGUACGCCUCCUCAAUACUUCAAUGCCAGCGCGAUACGAGCGUAUCAACUCUAAAUAUCUGCUAGACAUGCUGGACGCGGAUAGGCUCCUUUGGGUGUUCAGAAAGAACGCUGGACUGCCUACGCCAGGCGAGCCCUACGUGGGGAGCUGGGAGGACCCCAACUGCGAGCUGCGCGGCCAUUUCGUGGGGCACUACCUCUCCGCAUUGUCCCUGGCGUGGGCGGGGACAGGCAACAGCGCGUUCAAGACGCGCCUGGAUCUGAUGGUUUCGGAGCUGGGCAAGGUGCAGGAGAAGCUGGGGACUGGAUACCUGUCCGCAUUCCCCACCUCCUGGUUUGACCGCGUGGAGAGCCUGCAAGCGGUGUGGGCGCCCUACUACACGAUCCACAAGAUCAUUGCUGGCCUGGUGGACGCCCACGAGCUGGCGGGCCACCCCUCGGCGCUGACCAUGGCCACCCGCAUGGUGGACUACCACUGGAACCGCACGCAGGCGGUCAUCUCCAAGAAGGGCGCCAAGCACUGGCAGAAGGUGCUGGAGUUCGAGUACGGAGGCAUGAACGAGAUCCUGUACCGGCUGUACCUGAUCACGGGCAAGGACGACCACCGCGACUUCGCCUCGCUGUUCGACAAGACCGUGUUCCUGGGCCACAUGGCCGCACACGACGACGUGCUGUAUGACCUACACGCCAACACACACCUGGCGCAGAUUGUGGGCUUCGCCGCCGGGUAUGAGGCCACCGGCAACCCCAAGCUGCGCACCGCUGUCAACAAUUUUUUUGAGAUUGUGGUCCAGCACCACGGCUACGCAACCGGCGGCACUAGCGUGUUCGAGCGAUGGGAGCACACGGACCAUAUGGCGUACGUGAUUGCCGAACGCUUCGAAUCCGACUGGGCGCCGCGCAACGCGCUGAAGACCCACGAGACGUGUACGCAGUACAACAUGCUCAAGAUAGCUCGGCAGCUGUUCAUGUGGACCGGCGACGUGUACUACGCCGACCACUACGAACGAGCCAUGGUGAACGGCAUGUGGGGCGUGGCGCGACUGCCCGCCGACGAGCUACCCGAGGCACACGCCGGCGACAUCAGUCACCACCACCACCAUCACCACCGCCGCAACCUGGACGCGAUGAGGCAGGGGCUGCUGGCCGGGCAGCGCCACCCGCACUCGCACUCGCAUGCGGUCCCGAAGAACGGGGCGGCCGGUGCGGGCGGUGUGGACAAGGGUGGCCAGCCUGUGUCGCCCUACACGCGCUUCCAUGACGACGAGUGGAUGGACUACAUCAGCUUCAGCAAGCCCAAGCCCGAGUGGAACGCGUCGGACGCAGCCGGGCCGGGCGUGUAUCUGUACCUGCUACCCAUGGGCCACGGCAACAGCAAGUCGGACAACUUGCACCACUGGGGCUUCCCAUUCCACUCCUUCUGGUGCUGCUACGGCACAAUCAUUGAGAGCUACGCCAAGCUUGCCGACUCCAUCUUCUUCAAGGAUAUGAGUCCCGAGUCAGACGAAGACGCGGGCGCCAAGACCGCCAAGAAGCGCACCCGCCACGACGUCAACCCUUCCGACGGCUCCGCCUCCGGCGCCAAGGGGGCCGUAAAGCUGCCGCCGCGGCUGUACCUGAACCAGUUCGUGUCGUCGCGCCUGGUGUGGAGGGAGAUGGGCCUGGCGGUUACCAUGGAGGCGGAUGGCUUCGCGCCGGGCCCGGCCAUCACCGCAAAACUUCGCGUCGCGCAGCUUUCCGCCGCCGAGCUCGCCGCGCACGCCGCCGCCACGCCCUCCUCCGCCGCCGCCGCCGCCGCCGCCAAGUCCAAGGCCUCCUCCACCACCGCCUCUGGCCCCACAGACGGCGUGUUCACACUCAUGCUGCGCAUCCCCGCCUGGGCUCGCGACGGCGGCGUGCUGCUGGAGCUGAACGGCCAGGCCUUCAACGGCUGCCCCGGCGCGCCGCUGCCAGACUCGUACUGCAGGAUCACCAGGAAGUGGCAGGCACGCGAUGUGCUGUCGGUCCGCGUGGCACUGCGCUGGUGGUUCUCGCCAGCCCAGGACGCGCGGGAGGAGUACCGGUCUCUUAAGGCUGUGAUGAUGGGCCCCUACAUGAUGGUGGGUGUGAGCCACGACGACUACACAGUGGGGCUGCCCGCCGCCGACGCGCACGGCCGCGGGCUGGACAGCCGCGGCGGGCCCGCGGGCCACGUGUACCCGCCCGAGGAGGCGGACGAGCUGGUGUCGGUGCAGGCGGGCUGGAACUCCAGCCUGCACCUUCGCCACGACGCCCAAAUCCUCUACAUGUCCGUUCUCGAAGAUGGCGGAGACGGCAUGGAUGCAACCUUCCGCAUCGGCCGCGGCUGCCACCACGGCAGCAGCGGCGGCCGCGGCAGCGGCAAGGGCGCCGGCGGCGCGGCUGGCGGCGGCGGCGGCGGCGCGGCGGCUGGCGGCGGCGCCUCCAUGCACCACGCGGCGCUGUCUCUCCUGCACGGCAGCGAAGAUGCGGAUGGGUCGUCUGGACACAGUCACGGCUCUCUGGCUGGCGCGUUCAGCAGCCUUCGCUCCAUGAUGCGGCUGGGUGCGGCCGACUCGGGCAGCGCGCUGAGCCUGGAGGCCAUGAGCUACCCCAACCACUACCUGGCGCACGACCACACAGACGUCAUCGUGCUGCAGCCGGGCCCCCCGCGCGAGGACGCCUCCCACCCCUUCGCGCCCUGCUCCCGCGCCAUGUGGAUGAUGCGGCCUGGCCUGGACGGCGCCGCCGACACCGUGUCGUUCGAGGCGGUGGCGCGGCCGGGCUGGUUCGUCACAGCGGCCAGGCCCCCCGGCGAGUCCGCCGCCGCCGCCAAGGACAGCCCCGUCACGUGCGUGGACGCAAACGAGGUGGACUGCACGGCGGCGGUGCCGGACGGCUGCGGCACCAACGCAUUCCUGGCCCGGGUGCUGUGCCGCAAGAGCUGCCGCAGCUGCCUGGGGACGGAGCAGGCGCUGAGGCUGAGGCAGCAGGUGCCGGGCAGCGCCGUGUACGCCGCCACCGCCUCCUUCCGCCUUGCGCCGCCCGUGCGCCGCGCCUACCCCGCCGGCGCCCACGUGCUUGCCGGCUCCAACCGCCACUACCUCAUCGCCCCGCUAGGCAAUCUGGUGGACGAGCGUUACUCGGCGUACUUCAAUGUACUGCCGGAAGAUGCCGUACCCAUGCCCGUACGGAAAAGUGCUACAGCCGCCGCUACAGCCGCCAAGGUGGAGGGAGAUCAGGGGUACGGCAUUCGCUCCACUCUCGUGUACCCGCGGAUCGAUGAGGGCGUGGGGAAGGAUGGCUUUGAGGCGCGGGAUGAGGCGGACUGGGGGGAGGUCGAGGAGGAGGGCGGCGCGGGGGAGGAUGAUGCCGGCAGCGGCGGCGCGGCGGAGGGUUACGAUGACCCCGUGGACCUGGGGUAUGAGCAGGACGUGCUUGACACCGCGUCACGGUAGCAUGGCUGGUGGAUAUUGUUCCGGUCAAGGAGUCAUGGAGCUAUAGCCGCUAUAAAAUUGAAGGGAUGCGUUUGUGCAGUGCGUGCUGUGCUGCGGUCGAAUUGACAUGAGUGUGCACGUGUGAGUCACGUGUGAAGGGGCCAUCACUCUGAUGUUUGUUCAUGCGCGAGCAAGGCGAAUGCACAGCGACAGCAUGUAUGCCGCACCUGGUCGCACUGUGCUGCGCUGCCGAGCUGGGCUGCGGGAGGCAAGGCAGGAGGUAGCCAGGGUCGCAGGCAGUGGCGCGGACACAGGCGGGCAGCAGACGGCUGCAAACCCCGUUUGCCGCCGACGCGCGAAAUUGCGAUUGUAAUUAUGAGAGCUCUCGUUCAGGCGUGGGAGGGGGUAGCCGUUCAUGUAGAACGAGAAUGCCAUGGGUGGGGGGCGUGAAAGCAAUGCCACCGCAUGUGAGGCGGUUGAGGCGGGCAAGGCGCCGCGGGCCUGGUGCCGGCCUGUCAGGGUGCCGCGGUAGCUAGCACCCGAGACACUGCCGGCACGGCUUGGGAAAGGCGCGGUCGCAGCCGAGGAGGCCGAUGCGACAAGAAUGUGGGUGAGGAAGCCAAGUGCCGUGUGCCGUGGCGAGCAGGUGUCCAUGGCUAUGCCGCUACGGGCGCCAGGGGCAGCUUUGCUGACGGAAUGAAUCAAUGAACUACGUUACGGUGUCGUCAAUUAUUGCGCUAGCCCUAACUGGGGCCCGAUGGAGCCCAGUGGAGCAGUGAGUGCGAGGCAGGUGCUGCGAGGAGGCCGGCGGCGCGAGGGCCCGUGCAGACAAAACUUGGCAACGCGCAUGGGUAAGGAGGGGGAACCCAAAGGUCACUGCCUAACCGAGAACAACACACCGAGCCAUACCCGGUCUCUUGUGUGCAGAUAUACUCGCCAAGUGUGCUUUUGCCGAGGUCCGACAGCGAGAGGGUUAUCAACUUUGAGUU